AUGCGUAUGAAUCAUAAAACUGCAAAUUGUCCGAAUAAAUUUAAAAAUGACGUUCGCGCUAUUGAUAAAUCCUUCGAAGACAACUUGGCUUGUGCAAACGAAGUUGGCAACACUGCUUUAAAUGGUUUUGGCGGUGGUAAAGUCCAGUGCAAUGGUCAAAUUAAUGCAGUUAUGGAAAUCGACAAUGCAAAAUAUAUAGUAAAUCUACUUAUUGUGAAUGACGAUCUAAUCAAUGAGAAUGUUUUGUUGGGAACCAAUAGUCUGUGCCGUGAUGGUUCACGGUUAAUAAUCGAAGACGGCCGAUGUUUUGAGCUUGGUUGUUGCGAAUUGGCCACACUGAAAAUUGAGUUAAAUAGCAAUAGUCCGGUAAAUUUAAAACCCUAUCGUAUACCAUUUGCAAAACGUCCAAUUGUGAGCGAAAUUAUAAAAGACUUGCUUGAUAAUAACAUCAUACGUCCUUCCGAAUCACCGUACGCCUCUCCUGUAGUACUUGUCGAAAAGAGCAAUGGAGAACACCGUCUUUGUAUUGAUUAUCGCUGUCUUAACAAAAUUACCGUAAAAAUGUCUUACCCAAUGCCUAUAAUGGAAGAACAUUACGCUCAGUUGGCAGGUAACAAACUCUUUACUACAUUGGAUUUACGCAUGGAAUAUCAUCAAAUCGAGAUUAAUGAAGAUUGUAAAAAGUACACCGCAUUUGUAACCACAGACGGACAUUACGAAUACAACCGUAUGCCGUUUGGUUUGGUAAACGCUCCAGCUAUGUUCCAGGCGGUGAUGAACGAAGUUAUUGCCAAGAUGAAACCAGGUGCAGUGCUAGCGUAUCUGUAUGAUGUCAUCAUUCCCAGCCGUAAUGUGGAAGAGGGUUUGCAACGACUUCAGAAAUUUCUUGGUAUAUUGCGUGAAUGUGGAUUAACUUUGCGACUGGCUAAAUGUAAAUUUUUGCAAAAUGAAAUCGAAUUCCUUGGCCACAUUAUAAAUGAAAAUGAUGCCUUAAGCCGUUCGCCAGAUCAACCAGCAGCAUCCGUCGAACCGGCAGGGUUUAUUAUGAAAGUAAAUCCUAAUCUAGACGACUGGGUGUACACCAUGCAACUUCAAGAUCCUGGAUUAAAUGAAGUAAUUGCUAUUUUGAGUGGAGCGACGAAAUCGCCGCGUGAAUCUGAAUUACGAAAGGAAUACAAAUUGCAAAAUAAACGACUUGAUCGUAAAGAGGGUGAAUGUAUUAAAUUCGUUGUGCCCAAAGCAGUCAGAUGGCGCAUUGUCGAACUUUAUCAUGAUCAAAUGGGUCAUUUUGCCAUCGACAAAACACUUGAUCGAAUUUGUCAGACGUUUUGGUUUCCGCAGAUUCGAAAAUAUGUGAAAAAGUAUACAGCCGCUUGCAUAGAAUGUUGUUACCGUAAAUCUCAUUCCGGACCUUUCAUACGUAGUAAGAAAGGAAAUAGCUACGUUCUUGCAAUAUCAGAUGCAUUUACGAAAUAUCUAAUAGUUAAACCCGUGCGAGAUAAAACGACUUCUCAUGUAAUUACCACCUUAAAUGAAAUAACAUCUUAUUUCGGGUUACCAUCGCAAGUUAUAAUAGACAGAGUGGAACGCGCGAAUCAAACUAUAUUAAACUAUUUGCGUACCUCGGUCGAAAACGCUAAAGAAUGGGACCUAAAUCUACGUAACGUGCAAUGGACUAUAAACUCGCAAAAGAACAGCACAUCAGGUUUUAGUCCUAAUGAACUUAUUUUCGACUUCAAUCUUCGAGACAUUAUUCAAAAUCGCUCGUUAGCCGCUGUACAUGAAGGCACG